GUCAACUAUCAGACAGGGCAGCACUAAGUGGAAAGCGGCUUAUCCUUUUUUUAAAUCCACUUUCAAUUUUAGGAGGGGGAGGGACAGAAAAAGAAAAAAAUAUCCAAGUAGAUUCUGAAUAGGCGGCGCUAAUGCAUCUAACGCUGCAGCUUAAAGUUAGCGGUAGCUGUAACUACGCCUUAAACUUCAGGCCACAUGAAAAGAGUAUUAUUGCCUAACGCAGGAGAGAUAUUGUUAGCUUGCUGGCUAACGUUAGCUAUUUGUUUGGCAGCGACAUGGCCACUAGAGAACCACGAAGAAGCUACCGUCGUCCGCCACCGUGCAUUAAACAGGAGCAGGAUGACGACUCGGACGCAGAGGAGCCUCACCUGGGAUUGAGGAAAUCCGACGGGAGGGAGUCUCAGAUAAUCCACAGCGGACACUUCAUGGUAUCGUCGCCCCACAUUGAACACCCUCCGAAGAAAGGAUACGAUUUUGACACGGUCAACAAACAGACUUGCCAGACGUAUCACUUUGGGAAGACAAGCACGUCGCACCUCUCCAUAGACGCGUCGCUGACGAAGCUUUUGGAGUGUAUGACCCUCGCAUACAGUGGGAGGUUAGUGUCACCGAAAUGGAAGAACUUCAAGGGACUGAAACUGCUCUGGAGAGACAAGAUCCGUCUCAACAAUGCCAUCUGGAGAGCCUGGUAUAUACAAUAUGUAGAGAAAAGGGAGAAUCCUGUUUGUCAUUUUGUGACUCCACUUGAUGGAACAAUAGACUCGGAGGUUCAUCAUCCUGCAGAGGCCAUUACUACAGAGGGAAAAUAUUGGAAACGAAGAAUUGAAAUUGUCAUAAGAGAGUACCACAAGUGGAGGACAUACUUCAAGAAGAGGUUACAGAAGCAUAAGGAUGAUGACCUCUCAAGUUUGCUUAAGGGGCCAGAGGAGCAAUUUUCACUGUUUGGGGAAGUCUCUCCAGACAUGCUCCGUGUCACCUUUUGCCAGGAUGAAGAGGUUGCUGCACGUCGUGUCACUCGUAAGAACUAUGACUGUCCUGUUCCCAUGGAGAUGGACCCACUCUUUGACAUGGAUGUUUUGAUGUCUGAGAUUUCAGACACUUUGUUCUCUACGUUGGCCUCACACCAUCCCAUAGCCUGGCCCAACCCAAGAGAGAUCGCUCACGCGGGGAACGCAGACAUGAUCCAGCCGGGACUGAUUCCCUUACAGCCCAACCUGGACUUCAUGGAUUCAUUUGACCCACUACAAGACUUAUUUCACAGCCUCCGUCAGCCCGUCCUCCCCUCUGUUUCCCCCACCGCAUCACCUGUCACCCCUCUACCCAGCAGCAGCUGUCAGUCACAGGCUCAGUUAUUGUCCUCCUUGCAACUCUCAGCUGAUCACAUCAAUCCCCCUGGCCCCUUGUCCAUCACCUCUUCUAUGGCCAAUCAAGCCAGAGGAGCAGGUGCGGCUGAUGCUGCCUAUGUGCAAGAUUACAUGCCUCUCUUCCAUGGGCAAGUGACAUCCAGUCCUCAAGCAGGAGUCUCUUCAGUCUCUCAGCCCUUAGCCCAUGCCCAGCUGGCACACUGCCUCCCAGGUCAGGAUAUAACCACAGCAGCAGCACUGGUUCCUCCGCCACAGGACAAUGCCUCAGCACAAGAUGGGCUAGGAGCUUCAUCUGUGAUUACACACACAGCUUCCUCAACUGUCACUCUCAGUGAUGCCGUCACUACCCUCAGCCACGGCUCAGAGUACAGCUCCCUCUCUGCACAAGCUCCGCCUCUACCUCCAUCACCCCAUCUUCAGUCCCUAGCACCAUCGUCCAGUAACCCCGUCCAACAUCCUCAGGCUUUUGCCCUGCCUCGACCCAUUCAGCCCUGCAGUGCCAACAAAAACCGGCCCAUGCAAAGGAUUGCUCCUGCUAAUCCCAUUCCCUCCCCUCAUCUCAUCCUCACAGGCCCAUUCCCAGGUCAUCCCAAUGCAGUGAUUGUUACACCAACACCUCUGAAAGCAGACGUGGUCCCCAAUACAGGAGUGGUCAUUGCCCCUUCUAAUCUUGGAGGGCCCCCUGGAUUUCAUAUCAUGCCUCAGACACACAAAUCUCCCCAGCCAAUUGUUCCUAAAGAAGAGGCCUACUCUUCUCGCAAGAACCAGAAACCCUCAGCUAGCGUGGUGCGCAGUCGGCAAAGUUCAGGUCAAGGAUCACCUUGUGGGUCAGAUCAAGUGCCUAGUCCCCAGUCACCUCUCAGCAGCACAGCCCUCGCAAAGAACGAGUCUAACCAGAACCGAAGGGUGACCCACAUAUCUGCUGAGCAGAAGAGACGCUUUAAUAUCAACAUUGGCUUUAAAACGCUGUGCAGCCUGGUUCCAACCCUCAAGUCCCAGUCAAAUAUCAGUAAUGCAGCCACAUUGCAGAAGACAGUUGAGCACAUUGGGAAGCUUCAGCUGGAAAGACAGCAGAUACAAGAGGAGACCAGACGAUUACGAGAGGAGAUUGAGGAGCUCAACACCUCCAUAAACUUAUGUCAGGAACAGCUUCCAGCCACAGGAGUGCCCAUUACACGUCAUCGCUUCGACCACUUGCGAGAGAAGUUCGAUGAGUAUGUGAUGAGCCGCACUCUUCAAAAUUGGAAGUUUUGGAUUUUCAGCAUCAUUAUCAAACCUCUGUUUGAAUCAUUCAAUGGGAUUGUGUCCACAACAAGCAAAGCAGAGCUCUGUCAGACCACGUUGCAGUGGCUUGACCAUCACUGCUCGCUUCCGAUGCUCCGACCUAUGGUGCUCAGUUCCCUUCGCCAGCUAAGCACAAGCACAUCCAUUCUCACUGACCCCUCCCUGCUGCGUGAAGAAGCCAUCCAGGCCGUCACAAACUCCCACAGGCCUCUUGGAGACUCAUAGCCAUCUGUGGAAAUAAGGGUUAUCUUUAAAGCAGCUGCCUCAGGUUAAGUUGACCCUUUAAGCCACAUUGUGGGGAAACUGAGAAAUCGCUGAGAUGAUAUAUCACUAGUUUGCUAUGUGACCAUUACACAAGGUUACUCUGUAUGUCUGUCUUCCAUGCAUCCAUUGCUUCCCUCAAAACAGCAAACCAGUGACAGCUUUCAAUCAUUUUAUUCACCUCAGGAUUACAUGCACAACAGUCAUACAUUUGCUCUCACAGAUUCUUGCUCUCUGAAUGUUACACCCACAAAUAUCCUGUCAACAUUAUUUUUAUUGCGACUUUUCAGAAUCGCCUUGAAUGAGCAAUAUGUUAUAUUGACAACACCACCAUUACCUAUUGUUGUAACUACAACUGCUUUAAGUGCAUUAUUGAAGGGUGGUGCACAUGGCUUGCUUUUAGAUCAAAAUAUGUAUUUGUGAUGCAAAAAGCAGAGGCAUCAUAAUUAAAAAGGGAAAAUACCAAGUGUUUAUGUUCUCACAGAUGUACUUUUACUGUGUAAGGACACAACUUUUUAAUAAGAAAACGCAAUAAAUGAAAAACUACUUAGGGCUAGCUAGUGGGAUUGUCUCUUGCUUGGCGGGUCUCUACAAGCGCCAGCUAGCACAAAUAGAAAUGCUUUGCAUUGGAGUGAAGGAAUGGGUCUCACAGUCACCUGAAGAGUUUGAGUACAGUACGCAAUCAGUGCCAGCACAAAGCACCCUGUCUGCCUUCAGUGUACCAUGUUUGCGUACCAGUCAUUUACUCAGGUAAUUCUGUCCAUGCUGAACAUAUGUUUCUUCUUGCCUUCUUUACUCAUCUUUUUGGGGCUGAACUGUGUAAUUGUUCAAAGAAUGUCUCAUCAGUAAAUGUUACGUAGACGCUCUUUUAUAAGGAGCAUCAAACCACAUACUAAGAAAUCGCAAUAUUGAUGUAUACAUGUGUAUACGGUAUCAGAAGAGCUUAGCUGAAUGCAUAGUAGCAGUUGCCUCUUUCUGUGUCUUUCACUCAGGGCUGCGCCUGUGUGCGUAAUUAUGCUUUUCCUUUAAACUGAAUGAACAAAUGAAUGACGUCACUAUGCUUUUUACAGACGGAGACUUGUUGGCUGUAGGUUAUAUAUCUUUUGCUGUUGCAUGUUCCAGUUCUGUUCCACAUGUUCAGGCCCCUCUAAUUUGCAUAGUGUGCUGAUGAUGGGCCUUUACAAAAGCCUGAGACCUCACAUCCUCAGAGGCCGAUCGUCUGUCCGUCUGCCUCCUUGAUUUGUUCAUUUUCAGAAGUACAUUUGAAACAGUUUGAAAGCCAUAUGGAGGGGCGCAGUCACCCGCCCACUUGGUUCUUUGUUUUGUGUGUUUUUGUUAUUUACUUCUAGUAUGGUGAAGAAUUCUGUUGAAUAUUAGUCAAUAUGCCUCAGUCAUCAUACAGUCUGUCAAAUAAAACACAGUUACGACCUCUGCAGGGUGGUCGUUUCCUUUCUUUUUUUUUUUUUUUUUUUUAAGUUCCGCUUCUCGGUGACAUGUCGAGUGCUUUUGAUUCAACACUCCUCAGUCUUCACUGGAGUCGGUUGCUUGUGUGACUUUGUAUUUAUUUCUUCAGAAUUGAGUUUACCAUGAUUAGUAUUGUAGCAAAACUGUAUCAGUGAUAGUUAGGGCCUUGUGUGUUUGUGAUUAAUUUGCAGGCUUGAUGCAACCGUGUGCAUUUGGUGACAUCCAGCAUUAAGUUCAUUUGAUUACUCAAAGGAUUUUUUUUUUUGAGUAGCGACGAUGAAUGUCACCAUUUUUUUUUCAUGUUUAUUUACCAUGAUGUAAAGUGUGGUGACACUUACGUGUUAUUCUUUUAUUCUAAAUCAAACAUCCCUGCAUGUUUUAACUCUUGUAGAGACGUCCCUGGUCCAUGGACACAACUGCCUGGACUUUGUGUGGUGGGUUUUCCUCAUUUUUCCCCCAUUCAUCUGAAAACGUUUUGACUUUCUUUUGUUUUGUACAUAGUUUUCUUUUGUGUUAUGAUGUUAUGAACUAAAGUUGUUUUCCUGUGCUCUGUUGGGGUGCUUUUUGUUGUACCCUCCCCAGAGUUUGUUCAUGUUCAGCUGGCGUACAUUAAACUGAUUUGUGAAAUAAAAAGCAAUGA